UGCAGGAGCGCACGAUGGAGGCGCCGCCGGUGACCAUGAUGCCCGUCACGGGCGGCACCAUCAACAUGAUGGAGUACCUGCUCCAAGGGAGCGUGCUGGACCAGAGCCUGGAGAGCCUCCUGCACCGCCUGCGCGGACUGUGCGACAACAUGGAGCCCGAGACCUUCCUGGACCACGAGAUGGUGUUCCUGCUGAAGGGGCAGCAGGCCAGCCCCUUCGUGCUGCGCGCCCGGCGCUCCAUGGACAAGAGCGGGAUGCCCUGGCACCUGCGCUACCUGGGACAGCCUGAAAUAGGCGACAAGAACCGCUACGCGCUGGUGCGCAACUGCGUGGACAUCGCCACGUCCGACAACCUGACGGACUUCCUGGUGGAGAUGGGCUUCCGCAUGGACCACGAGUUCGUGGCCAAAGGGCACGUGUUCCGCAAGGGCAUCAUGAAGAUUGUGGUGUACAAGAUCUUCCGCAUACUGAUGCCAGGAAACACGGAGAGCAUUGAGCCGCUCUCCCUCUCCUACUUGGUGGAGCUCAACGUGGUUGCGCCAGCAGGGCAGGACAUUGUUUCUGAUGACAUGAGGAACUUUGCUGAGCAGCUGAAGCCUCUCGUACACCUGGAGAAAAUUGACCCCAAAAGACUAAUGUGAUUGAAAAUCCGGGCGACUAGAUUAAGGCAGUGGUUUUGUUCUUCAGAAAAGGAUGUUUUUCUAAAAUGCUUUCUGUAGGCAAAUCAAACUAGGGAGAAGGUAAUAAAGAACUACGUAUAAGUUUUGUCAGUUGCAAUUACUGAGUAUUUUUUUCCUUCACUUGUGAAUAUGAACAAAAGUGGACACUUUAACACUGUUCAAAAAAUCAGUAAAUGUUAAUACUGAUAGUUUUCCUUUUCUUUUGUGGGAGAUAGGCUUUUUAAGGUAUUGCCUAACACUCUAAAAAUGUCAACUUACUGGAAUUCAUCCCUCUGUGUACCCAGAUCCCACUGCUGUCUUAAGAUUU